AUGAGCCAUAUUUUGGUUGAACAAAUAUUUCUAGAACCAAGAUAUAUCAUGGAAAAUAGAUAUGCCAAUAAAGAAAGCACUGAAAGCUAUAUGAAAGGACCAAAAUUGGAACAGGGACAAUCCAAUAAUGCGGAUAUGCAAGAUGAUAAGGAUAAAAACCUGGAACAUUCCUUUAUAUUAUCGGCAAUGAAGAGUCUUAUGCUAAUGCCUAGAUCCCCUUCAUCAAAGACACCAAAUAUUUCAAAUGUUAGUAGAGAAAACAUCAAAAGAGAGGAGGUCUCUUAUUUGGAGGCUUUUAACGAUCCAAUUCAUUUUCUCAAAGAACAAAUAAAUAAGCAAACAGCAGAUUUAGGUGAGCUUGAGAAAACACACAAGGAAGAGCUAUCUUCAGGAACAGGAAACGUGAAUGUCAGGAGAAUUGAGAUUUUAUCUGAUUUUAAAGAGUUGGCACAAAGUAACCAGGCCAUUAAAGAAAUAUAUGCAUCUAACGCAAAGACUAAACAGGAGUCAUUAGAUCGUCUAGUUGACCGGCAGAACAGAGAAAGGAAACUCUUGAAAUCGAUACGGGAUAUUGAAGAAAACACUGUAAUUGGGAAGAACUACAAGAUAUUGAAUGCAAAAAUGGUUGAGAUAGACAGUCAAAUAUUAGAUCUAGAGAGAAAAGUACGAUCUUUGAAACGUGAAAAAGAGCUGGUAGCAAAGCAACUAAGUGAAAACGAAUCGUUGCUAGAGGUGAAAGUUAAUGCAUAUAGGGAGGUGCUAGAGGGUACCUUGGAGGAAGAAAAACUGGAUGUGAAUAAACUUUAUCAAUCCGGAAUUCUUCCGAAGGGCGAGUUACCAAUUAGUGAGGUGAUAGAAAAUAUAAGGUUGCAAAUUGAAGCAGUGAAAGAGCUAGAAAGGAAAUCCGAAUUAAAGGAGUCUGGCUAUCAUAAUUCAUACGUAUAUCUUUCAGACAUAUUCGAGAGACUAACCGAACUGGAGGAGAAGAUCAUAACAUUCAUAAACGAAGGGAAAAUAGAGUUGAUUGAGUCACAACUUAGAGCUAUGAAGAAUUUUCUCCAGGAAAGAAUGAAACAAUGUGAUCAGUACAAUUUGGAUGUGACAAAGCAGAUAAUACAGAACGAAUUUGGCACAAUACUGAGAGCAUUAAGCAUGAUAUCAAAUGACUCAGUGUCUUCAUCAAAGGAAGAGUUUGAAGAGAUUGAGAUACCAAAAAUUACAUUGCAAAAUAAGGAGGAACAUGUAGGCCAUUCGAAGGACCAAACAGAGUCCUUUGAUCAACUACAAUCAUCUAUAGUAAGCACACAUACUGGAGAUAAGACACAACAAACAGGUCUCACUAAUGUGGUUGCCCAGGGAAAGAUGAUAUCAAAACCACAAAACGAUAAGAAGUACUCUGCGAUUCUCGAGAGGAUGAGGAAAACCAAGGGUACUAAAAAAGAUUAA